GGGUCUAAUCUAUGUCGCAUUUCGCCACGAAAGCCAUUGACUGCUCAGCAUGAGUAAAUAAUUCUCAAAUGGGACGUAAAACAUUUAUAAAGAAACAAAAGACCCCCAAACAAUCUAAUGGGAUCAUUGGGAUGGGACCUCCAACUGCAUUACACACAGUUCUACCUUCAAAUUUGACGAAGGCUGCGCACCCCCAGAUUCUUAACUUGGUUCAGCCUCCUUGAAAAAUAUGAAAACAGAAAGUAGAAGUGUGGAUUCAGUGACGCGUGGCGAGGUAAAUAUUUAGUUGUGUGGCGUGAGACUGCAGGAACGGACGCAUGGCAUCCCCGGAGAGUCGGAGAUUGAAGGAAGACAGGACCAGGGCACGGAACUGGAAGCGAUGGGGGCCCUAUCUCUCGGAGCGACAGUGGGGGACGGUGAGGGAGGAUUAUUCAGAUGAUGGGAACUGUUGGAACUACCUUCCACAUGACCAUGCCCGGUCCCGAGCCUACAGGUGGGGAGAGGACGGCCUCCUGGGGAUAUGUGACAGACAGGGGCGACUCUGUCAGGCCCUAGCCUUGUGGAAUACCAGGGACCCCAUCCUAAAGGAAAGAAUGUACGGCCUCACAGGACAUCAGGGGAACCAUGGGGAGGAUGUGAAGGAGUUGUACUAUUAUCUGGACAGCACGCCCACGCAUUCCUACAUGAAGGCGCUGUACAAAUAUCCCCAACAGGAGUUUCCCUACAGUAAGCUGGAACACGAGAACCAGAUACGGGGCUUUAUGAUGCCAGAGUAUGAAAUCCUAGACACAGGUGUUUUUGAUCAGGGUUAUUUUGAUGUGAUGGCAGAGUAUUGUAAACAGUCGCCCAAUGACAUCCUAACUAAGUACACCAUCUCCAACCGAGGCAAGGAGCGGGCCACCAUUCAUGUUCUCCCCACCCUGUGGUUCCGAAAUGUUUGGUCCUGGGGAGAAGACGCUUAUUGUUAUGUGAGACCAAAGCCACAGCUACAGAAAUUGUCCAGUCAUACAGUAAAAUGUGACCAUCCAACGCUAGGAGAAGAUCAAAAUCACCACAUAGACCCCACAGUGGACCAGACCAAGCCUCCAGCAGCUUUCUGUGGGUCGUUUUACUGGGAGGUGGAUCGGGAUCAGAACAAGAAAGAACCAGAACUCCUGUUCACGGAGAAUGACACAAACUUCAGACGUCUGUACGAUGUGGGAGAUGGUGUUCAGUACGCGAAGGAUGCCUUCCACGAUUACGUCAUCGAUGGACAGAAAUCUGCAGUGAAUCCAUCGCAUUGUGGUACCAAGUGCGCAGCUCACUAUGUACUGACUCUUGACCCCGGGGAAGAGUUCACCAUCAAGGUCAGACUGUAUUUUGAACUUGAGACUCCCAAACAUGAAAUUUUCGGACUGGACUUUGAGGAAAUCUUCCAGGAGAGACAGAGAGAUGCUGAUGCCUUCUAUGAGGAGAAAAUCCCUAUGAAGAACAAGCAGCAGAGACGGGUGUCCAGACAGGCUUACGCCGGACUUCUGUGGAGUAAACAGUUCUAUUAUUACGUCAUUGAGGAGUGGCUGAAGGGAGACAGCAACCAACCCAAGCCACCAGCUGAACGACAGCGAGGCCGAAACUUUGAGUGGAUGCACCUGUUCAAUAUGGACAUCAUCUCCAUGCCGGACAAGUGGGAAUAUCCCUGGUAUGCUUCCUGGGAUCUGGCGUUUCACAUGAUUCCGAUGGCAGACAUUGAUGUUCAAUUUGCCAAAGAUCAACUUCUGCUAUUUCUCAGGGAGUGGUACAUGCACCCAAAUGGACAGAUACCUGCGUACGAGUUCAGUUUUCAGGACGUAAAUCCACCUGUUCAUGCGUAUGCUGUUCUAAGAGUAUACAAAUCCUCCGGACCGAAAAACAAGCGAGACCUGGCAUUUCUGGCCAGGUGUUUCCACAAACUGAUACUCAAUUUUACAUGGUGGAUAAAUAGAAAAGAUUUGGAAGGUCGAAACAUUUUCACAGGAGGUUUUCUGGGUUUGGAUAAUAUUGGUAUUUUUGACCGCUCAAAACCACUGCCAACAGGUGGAUAUCUGGUUCAGGCGGAUGCCACGGCGUGGAUGGCGUUCUUCUGCUCCAUCAUGCUGGAGAUUGCUCUCACCCUGGCCAGAAGGGACUGUAUUUAUGAAGACAUGGCCAGCAAGUUCUUUGAACAUUUUGUGGCUAUUGCUGAUGCCAUUAACCAGAAGGACGGCAUCGGAUUGUGGAAUGAGGAGGACGGGUUUUUCUACGAUCACAUCCGAGUGAAUGGUAAGAGUACAAUGCCCCUGAAAAUCCUCUCCAUGGUGGGUCUGGUGCCACUCUUCUGCUGUCUGGUACUCAAACAAGACGUGUUGAGGAGGCAUCCCGGAUUUUACAAAAGAACCAGAUGGUUUCUAGAUAACCGUAAAGAUCUAUCUCAACAUAUAUCCUUCAUGUGUGAUAAUCCAGACACCGAUGAACCUGCCUUGCUUUUGUCUCUAGUUAAGAAAGAGCAGCUCCAGAGAGUUCUGACUCAUCUGCUGGACGAGAACAAAUUUCUAUCGCCAUACGGCAUCAGAUCUCUGUCUAAGCACCAUAGAAAAGAACCGUUCAUUCUGCAGAGUGGGGGGAAUGCCUACAGUGUAAAGUACGAACCCGGGGAAUCGGAGAGUAACAUGUUUGGUGGAAACAGCAACUGGAGAGGGCCUAUCUGGUUACCAAUGAACUAUCUUCUCAUAGAGAACCUAAGGAGAUAUGAUUACUUCUUUGGAGAUUCCUUCAAGGUUGAGUGCCCCACCGGGUCAGGGAAAUGGAUGAGACUAACUGACGUGGCACAUGAACUCUCGAUUAGGUUGUCCAAACUGUUCUACCCGGACCCUAGAGGUGUGAGGCCUUGUCAUGGUGAUGAGGAGAAAUAUGCCAGUGAUCCUGAUUUCAAAGAUUUAGUGUUGUUUUAUGAAUAUUUCCAUGGCGACACAGGAAGAGGAUGUGGUGCAAGUCAUCAAACAGGAUGGACAGCCCUUGUUGCAAAUCUUCAGAAAUACGUAGCAAUCCGUGAAAAGUGGAUCAGCUCAAUACAGAUGAUGAAGCUACGAAAAGUCUCCAAUACUGGCAUUCCAUUGGACAUUGAUGUGAUGUUAGACUUCAGUUCAGAGGGCGAACUAUCCUCAUAACUGCUGGACCUCGGCUCAUAGGGCAAGCUAUUCUCAUACCUUGGACCUCAGCUCAUAGGGCAAGCUAUUCUCAUACCUUGGACCUCAGCUUAGAGGGCAAGAUAUUAUCAUAACCACUGGACCUCUGCUUCAAGGGCAACUUAUUCUCAUAACUGCUGGAACUCAGCUUAGAGGGCAAACUAUUCUCAUAACCUCUGGACCUCAACUUAGAGGGCAAGCUAUUCUCAUAGCCUCUGGACCUCAACUUAGAGGGCAAGCUAUUCUCAUAACCUCUGGACCUCAAUUUAGAGGGCAAGCUAUUCUCAUACAUGUAGCCUCUGGACCUCAACUUAGAGGGCAAACUAUUCUCAUAACCGCUGGACCUUGACUGCAAGGGCAACUUAUUUUCAUAAUCGCUAGACCUCAGCUGAGAGGGCAGGCUAUUUUCAUACCUUGAACCUCGGUUUCUCCUCUAGAUUCUGCCUAUCCAUCUGAUGGCAGUAAACUACCCUCAUAACAUAUUGAUCAUGACUCAAAACACCCCUAGAUAACUCCAAGGAUGAUGUGUUUUCAUUAUCAUAGUUGUGAUUGGUAGAGGCAAAAGUCACCUCAAAGUCACACCAACAUUGAAAUGCUCUCCCAACAUUAUUCAUGAAGAUGAAGUGUCUGUGAUGCCUCAUUUCUUCUGGCUGUCCCAGGUUAUAUUUCAAACAAUCAUAUUAAACCACAUGCAUUAUAAUGUUAACUCAUGACUAAACCUGGGACUUAUCAGAAUUAAAUUUAUCAGCCACUUGUAAUUGAAUAAUGGAGAAUCAUCUGGUUAAUUGUGGAUUAUGUUUGAUGAUAACAGAAAUCAAAAUAGCACUACGUAAAUACCAGAUUUUGAUUCACAGCACUGGGUAUUAUUCAUUGUAUUAUCAGCAAUAGAAUACAGUCUUACAGCCACUAGUAUAGGGCAAUAGGAUGCUCCAUUUCUGUAACACUUCCUCAUGUUAAUGGAGGCUAUGAAGUAACUCUUCCUCGUGUUAAUGGAGGCUGUGAAGUAACUCUUCCUCGUGUUAAUGGAGGCUGUGAAGUAACUCUUCCUCGUGUUAAUGGAGACUGAAGUAACUCUUCCUCGUGUUAAUGGAGGCUGUGAAGUAACUCUUCCUCGUGUUAAUGGAGACUGUGAAGUAACUCUUCUUCCUCAUGUUAAUGGAGGCUGUCAAGUAACUCUUCCUCGUGUUAAUGGAGACUGUGAAGUAACUCUUCUUCCUCAUGUUAAUGGAGGCUGUCAAGUAACUCUUCCUCGUGUUAAUGGAGGCUAUGAAGUAACUCUUCCUCGUGUUAAUGGAGGCUGUGAAGUAACUCUUCCUCGUGUUAAUGGAGGCUGUGAAGUAACUCUUCCUCGUGUUAAUGGAGGCUGUGAAGUAACUCUUCCUCGUGUUAAUGGAGACUGUGAAGUAACUCGAGGACGGACAUACAGACAGACAGACAGACAGGAGUACCGUGUGCUAAUCUUCUUUACGUUCUUUAGGUACAGUGUUCAUGGUUUUGAAAUAUUUUUGUAUUUUGAAUAUUUAUUCAUCUAUGCAAGUCUAAAAGUAUUAUAUUUUUUCAAUUAUCAGUAUGACUUGAUAUGAAAUACAUGUUUAUACAUGUAGAACCGUAUUGAACCUCCUGCCCAGUACCACCGUUACUGCCAGUGUGUAUAAUCCCUACAUUUUAUACUUCUAUAUACUCCUCUAAUCUCACCUAAUUUGUCCAGAUACUUUUCCAGUGCUGUUGUUGGUUUUUGUAUUAUUUGUUUUACAUCUGUAUGUUUACAUCUCUUUAUCUAUCUUUUUGUACAAGGUUAAAAUCUUUUUCUCCAAACUUACUUGUAAGAUACUUGCAUGAAGAUCUUGGUUACUAUCAGUUUCAAGGUAAAAUACAGAAAUUCAAAGUCAUUAGAAGGGGAAUUCUGAAAUUCCUUUUGUACAAGAUUCAACCUCUGGUUCCUGUCUUAUUUUUAUAAAAAUUUUGAGAGUUUUUAACGUGAAGAUAUACAGUCUGAACGAUAUUAGGUUUAUAUAACUACAAACUGACAGCUAUAAGUGCUUGUGUAGUUAUGUUUUGAUAAAACUGUCAUAAAUUUUAUCUUGCACAAAGACCUUGGUUCCAAGGUCAAAUGCAAAAGGUUAAGAACAAUGGAGAAGGAAAUUUCUUGAUAUCUUUAAGUGCAAGACUGAUUUUAUUUGGUCUCCGAUUUUAUUGUUGCUUCCUUGGAUGUAAAGUUAGUCAAAGAUCUAUGGUUCCAUUAGGUUUUUAGGGUUAACUGUUAAAAGUCAUUGGAAGAGAAUGACUAAAGUUGAUGUGUUUGUGCGAUGUGAAAUUUGUGUGACAGUUACAGGUAUACAUUGCUGUCUUACUCUUAAGAUCUGAAAACUCAUUGAUAUUGUAGGUCAAAAGUAAGGUUACUAGAAUCACUUCUGAGAAUUUUUCUUUUUCAAUACAGCUAUAUUAAGGUUUAGAUACAGUUGAACCUUUCAUGGGUCUAUGAAGUAGCAUUAAAACCUAUGACUUUUCAACACUAUACACGACCAUUCCUCACGAUAAAUUAAAGACUAGACUUUUUGACAUCAUAGACAGUUGCUUCUUCAACAAAAACGGAAAUAUUCAUAUCUAGUGAUCAGUCAUUCAAAAACUUACUUUGUUAAACACCACUCUGAUUCCACGCACAAGUACUCUGAAGUUGAAAUAAAAAAUAUGCUAGAGUUCCUCAUUGACAAUAUCUUCGUGGUCUUUGGUGAUCAGGUCUUCCAACAGUCUGUUGGAAUUCCCAUGGGCACGAAUUGUGCUCCUUUGUUAGCUGACCUGUUUUUAUAUUCAUAUGAAGCAGAAUUUAUUCAAAAACUUCUACAUGAGAAGAAAAAAUCUCUCGCUGUGACCUUCAAUUCGACUUUUAGAUAUAUCGAUGACGUUUUGUCUAUUAACAAUGAUAGCUUUCAUUCAUAUGUCGAUUUGAUAUACCCCUGUGAGCUCGAAAUAAAGGACACCACAGAGUCGUCCACUUCUGCUUCAUACUUAGAUAUUUUAUUGAAAGUAGACAUUAACGGCAAACUAACAACUCAACUGUAUGACAAACGGGAUGAUUUCAGCUUCUCCAUCGUCAACUUCCCACAUUUAUGUAGCAAUAUUCCAUUAUCACUUGCAUAUGGUGUUUAUAUAUCUCAACUGAUUCGAUAUGCAAGAGCUUGUUCUGCGUAUUGUCAGUUUUUAAAUCGAGGUAAGCUACUGACAAACAAGUUGACGGUACAGGGAUUUCAACAGUCUCGAUUGAAGUCAGCUUUUCGCAAAUUCUAUGGUCGUUAUAACAUACAGUUCGUCAAUACAACCUCGCAUUGGGUCAAAUGCUGUCUGACGUGUUUCAUACCGAUUGUUAAGCCGUUCUUGUCACACUGAUUUUGACUGCGGAUAACUCCGUUUACCUGAUCAGGAUAUGGGGCUCACGGCGGGUGUGACCGGUCAACAGGGGAUGCUUACUCCUCCUAGGCACCUGAUCCCACCUCUGGUGUGUCCAGGGGUCCGUGUUUGCCCAACUAUCUAUUUUGUAUUGCCUGUAUGAGUUAUGAGAUUGAUCACUGUUCGUUAUCUUCACCUUGCAUUAGUGUAAAUACUGUAUAAUGAAUUGGGUUUAUUAGAACAAAUAUGAUAUAGUGUAUUAGGUUUAGGAGGACAAAUGUGGUAUUUGGCUUAUUAGGACAAAUAAUAUAUAAGAUUUAUUAGGACAAAUGUGGUAUAUUAUAUCAGAUUUAUUAGGACAAAUAUGGUAUUAUCUGUCAGUAUAGAAGUAUUUAUGUUAUUCACUCCGAGUUGAUAUAUGCAUAUAUGUUAAUGUAUUGGAUUAUCUACAGAUUGUACAAAGUUUUACGAAUUCAUGUUUUUGAUAUUUUAUUGUUGUGAAAAGUUCAACAUUUGAGACAUUUUGAUUAUCUGUUUUUAUUUGAUUGUGCUACGUUGUAUCACCAUACUCUUAACUGGUUGAUUAUGUACUCAAUACUCAUUUAAUGCUCAUACUUUGAUUUUUAGAUGUAUGUUUUUUGCACUUUGUUUUUGUGUUCAUUAUUCUAUACUCGUUGUCAGUAAAUUACAAAGGUUACAUUGCAUUACAGGAAGUUGUUCGUAACCUCUCCAAAAACUGAGUUAUGUAACUGAAUGUAACAUUUACGUACUGCUCCCAUGAUUGGAGAUUGAGUGUGAACAAGAAAGAAUGCAUAUGUUUUACUAUAUUAAUUCAUCACAAUAAAGAUUAACCAGCAAAGUCA